GUAAAAACAAAAAGCCACCGUACGGAUGGCAGGUCAAUUUCCCCUUAGAACAAAAAAUAAAAAUAAAACCUAUUUCUCGAGGCUGUUCAAUGGAUUUAUAUAAAGCCCUCUUCUCCUUGCCAAACUUCCCCCCGGCCUCCUCGCAUUGCAGACUUAGAGGAGAACAGGAAACUUCUCUCUUGCCCCACUUGUUAGAUAGAGAGAGUUGUCAGAAUCCAUAGUUCACAGCCUUGUUCCUCUAGUUUAGAAACAGGAUAAGAGAUCAUAGAGAUGGAAGCCGAGGGAGAAGCUAAGGUGGCGAUAAGCACAAAGAGAUCAAUCUCGCGGUUCAGACGUGUGUGUGUGUUCUGUGGGAGUAGCCCUGGGAAAAAGGCCAGCUACCAGCUCGCAGCCAUUCAGCUUGGCAAUGAAUUGGUAGAGAGGAACAUAGAUUUGGUCUAUGGUGGAGGGAGUGUUGGUCUCAUGGGUUUUGUCUCACAAGCCGCCCAUAACGGUGGCUGCCAUGUCUUGGGGGUAAUUCCUAGGACCCUAAUGCCAAGAGAGAUAACAGGAGAGACAGUAGGAGAGGUGAGAGCUGUCUCGGGCAUGCACCAAAGGAAGGCCGAGAUGGCACGGCAAGCUGAUGCUUUCAUCGCGCUCCCUGGUGGCUACGGAACCUUAGAAGAACUCCUUGAGGUGAUCACUUGGGCUCAGCUGGGUAUCCAUGACAAGCCGGUGGGUUUGUUGAAUGUUGAUGGGUACUACAACACCCUACUAUCUUUCAUCGACAAGGCCGUCGAUGAGGGAUUCAUCGCACCCGCUGCUCGUCAUAUUAUCAUCUCUGCACAAACUGCCAAUGAACUAUUAUCCAAACUCGAGGAAUAUGUACCCAGGCAUGAGGGGGUUGCGCCCAAGCUCAAGUGGGAAAUGGAGCAAUUAGGCCACUCUCGCAAGCCAGACAUUGCCCGCUAACCAUCUUGUAUACAUAACACCAUCUAUGAUGUAAUCUUUGUUCAAUAUUUUUUCUCCUCUAGUAUAACCACUAAGACACUUAUUAGCAAGCUAUCUGGCUUUUUUUUUGCAGUAAUGACUAAUGUAGUAUUACAUCAUC